AUGGUCGGAGAAUCGCGACCAUCCGCCCCCGACCUACGAGUCAGGAAGGCGCCAAACCGCCAGUCGCGCUCCUGCAAGGUCUGCCGGCUCCGCAAGGUCAAGUGUGACCGUGUUAAGCCUUGCCACGCAUGUUGCGCCCAUGGAUACCCAUCGAAAUGCGUUUACGAAACGGUGCCUCACGAGGAGGCGCAUCCGAUUAGCCAGGCGGAGGAAAUUCGAAAUUUGCGGGCGGAGAUCCGAGACUUGAGGGCUAGGAUAGAUGAGAGACAAGACGGGUCUCACGAUCCCGAUCUAGAACGGCUGGACCGGCUUGAGAGCUUAUUUGAGUCUAUUCGCUCGGCCCCGCUUAGUGUGGUCGACCACCUUGUACGCGAGGUUCGAUCCGCUCAUGGUGGGAUAAAGAAAGAAUUGGUGCAGGUAGGGCCUUGGGAGGGCCAUGACGCAUAUGCCGGCUACGAUUCUUCGCGUGCUUCCCCACUGUCCGUUAUCCCAUUCCGCCAGCGAGGAACAAGCUCCAACUCGGAGCUCAAUUUCAAUGAUCCGCUCACUGUUGACGAGGAUGAUGAGGAUCGAAUAUCUUUGAGCAGCGGGUCAGACUCCUCUGGGUCAUCUGGUGCAAUUUCUUUAAUCAGCAUGCAUGGACCAGCUGUGGACGUCUUUGUAGAACGUUUCGUCGACGCAUUCAGCCCUCAGGUUGACAUGAAGUCUGGCCGCGCGGGAGCAUUAAGGGCUGCUGCGGGGAUUAGAAUGUUCUCGCCGCUCAUCUCAGAUGCAUUUGAAGCAGUAUCCGUGGCUUUCUUUGGUCGGUCUGUUCAGAAUAAACAACUGGAAGCUUCAGGCUUUCGUCUGUACCCGCGCGUUUUACGCCAAUUGCAGGAUGCGCUGAUUGAUCCAGAGCGAUCUAAGUCAGAAGCGACCCUAGUCACAGUGACACUUCUGCUCGCCUUUGAGAGUGUGGAGCGCACCACUCAAAGUGGCGUGCCAGCUCACGUCAAAGGUGCGGUGCGCUUAAUUGAGCAUCGAGGUCCAGAAAAUCAUAUGUAUGGUGUUGAACAUCUCUUAUUUACUGAGCUUCGCCCUUACUGGAUUGGUGGUGCACUGGCAUCUCGACAGCCUUCAUUUUUAGCUCGCGAAGAAUGGAAGACGAUCCCGUGGUCGGCUGGGACGACCACCAAAGAUAUCCUGCAUUAUCUACUCGACCUCGCCACUGAAGUACCUGCUCUGCUGGCCCAGUCCGAUGCGUUUAAGGAAGCGCAACAGGGUCGAUCUAUAAUGGGCGCCCAGGAAACUGCAGCCAAACAGGCUGCCCUUUGGAACGGAAUCACCGAUCUCACCGCUCGCUUCUAUCAGUGGUAUCACGACUGGGUCAAGUGCUAUCCAGACGGCCCACCCGAGGAAGUCGAACAAACGGGGGACCAGGGCUUCCCAAUCUUCAAAAGACGUGACUUGCGCACAGGUGCUGUCUACGUACCAACCAGGCUCUCUUAUCCGAACCUCCUCCUUGCACAAACUAUGUGUGUCUACUAUGCGUUCCGCCUGAUUCUGUCUUCGAUAGACACGCGCCCACAGGAUCGGGUUGGUCUUCCAGAGCAGUAUGAACUGGGGUGCGGUAUUUGCCGCACGUAUGAAUUUUAUAUUCUCACGGCGCCAGGGAACAUGAUCAAUCGUCUUGCAUUUCCCACGCGCGUUGCAUGGGAAGCUUUCCCAGACGGUGGGCCCGAACGGGCUUUCAUGACCGAGGUUUUGACCUUGGUUGAGAAGCGUCAUUCCCUGGCACUUUGGGGUGGUGGUAUGUCGGAGCUCUCGACUCGUGAAGGUACCCCGCUCAACCAGGCGUGUCGAUGA